GGGGUGGGGAUGCGGCGCCAGAGUUGAGAAGCCGGUACUACAUUCCCCAGCAUGCCCCGGGCGCGGGCGCGGGGCGUCUCGGGAAAUGUAGUCCUUCCCGGGCACCACCUUUCAGCUUGUGUUAAGGAAGACGGGUCGCUGAUUCAAUUAAUGCUGUCUGGUGCCCAGCCCAGCGCCUUGCGUAAAAAGGCUAUCAGGGAGGGAAUGGGAUUUAAGUCUCCCAAUCUGUAAAAUGGGCUGAAAGGCGCAUUCCGGUUUGAGGUUCUGUGUUUCAGUGAUGUUGAAUUCCACCAACAAUUACAGAGAAGACCCCCAGGCUGACUCCUCAGUCUCACCCCUUCCCCUCUUGGAGGCCAAGAUCCAUCAGACACACAGCCUUGCCCGCCUCCUCACCAAAUACGCUGAGCAGCUCUUCCAGGAAUAUGUGCAGCACCAGGGAGACCCCUUCGGGCUGCCCGGCUUCUCGCCCCCGCGGCUGCCGGUGGCGGGCCUGAGCGCCCCGGCCCCGGGCCACGCGGGCCUGCCGGUGCCCGAGCGGCUGCGGCUGGACGCGGGGGCGCUGGCCGCGCUGCCGCCGCUGCUGGACGUGGUGCGCCGCCUGCAGGCCGAGCUGAACCCGCGCGCGCCGCGCCUGCUGCGGCGCCUGGAGGAGGCCGCGCGCCGGGCCCGGGCGCUGGGCGCCGCCGUGGAGGCCGUGCUGGCCGCGCUGGGCGCCGAGCCCCGCGAGCCCCGGCCCGAGCCCGCCGCCGCCACCGCCGCCGCCGCCGGCGUCUUCCCCGCCAAGGUGCUGGGGCUCCGCGUGUGCAGCCUCUACCGCGAGUGGGUGCGCUGCACCGAAGCCGACCUGGGCCAGCUGGUGCCCGGGGGCCCCGCCUGAGCGCGGCGGCCCGCGGCGCGCGGCCACCUCCUGCCAGCGCCUCCAUCUCCCUCCAUCUCCCUCCAUCUCCCUCCAUCUCCCUCCAUCUCCCUCCAUCUCCCUCCAUCUCCAUCUCCCUCCAUCUCCCUCCAUCUCCCUCCAUCUCUCCAUCUCCCUCUCCAUCUCUCCACCUCACUCUCUCUGCCUCUGUCGUCUGUCUGCGCUGUACGUCCUCUCUUUUUCUCCAGGGACCUUCUGGUCUCCCGUGUGACCUCAUUCUGUCACACUCUCGCUUUCUCCCCCUUUUCUCCAUCCCUUGGGUCUGCCUCCCCCCCCCCCCCCUUUACCCAAGUGACUUUCGAGGUCACUGGUCUCCCUUUUCCCUCACUCUCAUCUCCUCUCCGCCCGCAUGAGCAUGUGUGCAGCUCAACCUCAACUCCAGGAAGGGACACCUUGUCACUGUUCCCCUCCCCCCUUCCCACCCCACCCCCAGCCCUGCCCCAGCCCGUCCACUGCUGCCUCCCCCUUCCCACCCCACCCCUGCCCCCUCCCUCCAUGUCCUCCCCCUUCACUUCCCUCCCCUGUCCUUGCACCUCCUCUUCCUCCCAAGCCAGGUCUGUGAAGAGAAACAAUCGACACCUUAAAAGAGUUUCAUUUCUGAGAAUAAAUUAAUUUUUUGUAAAUAAAAUGUUAAAAAAUAAAAAGAACAGUAAAGUUUCCAGUAGAUGUGGUGGGUGAGGAUGGGGAGAUGCCUUGAGGAGAAGAGGAUCCUGGGGCAUCGCCUGGUGCAGUGGGUUCCUGGGAGCCCCUAGCCUAGGAGGGCCUGCAGUGCCCGAGCGGGAACGUGACCUGGCUCCUUCGUUUAAGAAUGGACCCUCCACUGAUGAGGAAGUUGUCACCGUGGCCACAGUCAGAAAUUCUGAGCCGUAGUUGCCUCUGUGGUGCCCCCCAGGUCCCUUUCCAACAGCAUAGCCGCCCCCAGCUGCCCCCGCCUCCUCCUCAUGGCAGACCUUGCCCAGGGUCUGAACCAGGGGUGGGCAAACUUUCUGACUCGAGGGCCACAAUGGGUUCUUAAACUGGACCGGAGGGCCGGAACAAAAGCAUGGAUGGAGUGUUUGUGUGAACUAAUAUAAAUUCAAAGUAAACAUCA